ACACAUUGAUAACUUUGCUGAAAGAGCACAAAGAUCUGACGACGUGAAAGGCGACUUGAUUGCUUUGUUGGAGGAGAGGGGACAGGCCCAAAUUGCGGCUAGAAAGGCUGAACAGGCUUAAAACUGAGCCCAACCAGCGGAGGCUGAAGAAAACAACGGAUCCCGAUGAGAGUCACCUGAAGGCCUGCUACCGACAAUAAGGGAUUCCGUUUGCAUAUUUCACGCAAAAAAGCUCUAAGCGUAUCUCUUACGAACUAUUACUAAAUUGAUAGACCAUCGCUCCCAAUUUUCGCAACGUUUAGGAUAGAUUUUCCUGUUGUGUUAUUCGCUGUAGCAAUGUAACUUUCGUCAUUUCGUCCUGAGUACCGUACAUUGUAAUGCAUGCUUCAUAUUACCUAACGUAAAAUCGCUAAACAUACAUAUGAUGAGUAGUUGACUCAUUCAUUUAAGCUAGACACAAAUUUAAAACAGUUCUAUAUACUAAUAUAUUCACAACAGUAUAAGUAAAAUUUGAUAUUUGCUACUAGACAACAUGAAUUUCUGCUCGGUUUAGUAGUUUUCAAUCUAUUUCUUUUUCACAAAGGUGUUCUUGUCAUAGCGAGACUACUACUGUAACAGAAAUAUCCACAGUGUUUCCUUUCUUUGGAAAUUAAAGAUCUUGCUUGCUUAAAGACA